GCUCUUGUAACCCAACUGGUUGCUCGUCCUGCUCUUGUAACACCAUCAAUCUAGCGCACAAACACAAACACAAACACGAGCGUUGCGUCCAGAGGCAAGGAGUAGUAGAGGGAGAGAUGGAUGCGGUGAGCGCUUCGGAGGGCGCAUUGGGCCCUCUGUUGGGGAAGCUCACCGAUCUGCUCGCCAACGAGUUUAAGCGCCUGAAAGGGGUGCGGAGUGAGAUCCACUCUCUCAAAGCGGAGCUCACCAGCAUGCAUGGUGCGCUCAAGAAGUACACGACGAUAGAAGAUCCGGAUGAGCAAGUGAAGACAUGGAUAUCGCUCUUAAGGGAGCUGGCAUACGAUACUGAAGACUGCUUCGACAAGUUCAUUCACCAGCUUGGCAGUGGCGGCAGCAACCACCGUGGCGGCUUCAAGGAGUUCUUCCGCAAGAUUGUUAGCUGCCUCAGGACACUUGGGCAUCGGCAUGGAUUUGCAAACCAAAUCGAUGACCUCAAGGCUCGUAUCAAUCAAGUGAAAGAUCUCAAGACUAGUUACAAGCUUGAUGAUAUUGCGUGCAGCAACGCCAACUCCAGCCAUGGUGCUGGAGGUCUUCGACUUGAUGCUCGUUUCAGUGAAAACAUUAUUGGCAUCGACGGUCCAACAAGUGAUCUUGCCAAGUGGAUGAUGGAAGAAGAAAAUAGCUCAACCAAGCAUCAUCGCAAGGUGUUGUCAAUUGUUGGGUUUGGUGGACUGGGAAAGACAACAUUAGCGAACGAGGUAUAUGGCAAAAUUGAACGGCAGUUUGAUUGCAAGGCUUUUGUAUCCAUCUCACAAAAGCCAGAUAUAAAGAAAAUAGUCAAGGGUCUGAUCCAUAAAGUGCCUUAUCCGAAGGAUUAUACAAAAGACAUCGAAAACUGGGAUGAAAUGACAUCUAUUGAAAAGCUGAGGAACCUACUGGAAGAUAAGAGGUAUCUCAUCAUCGUUGAUGAUGUAUGGUCUGUAUCAGCAUGGAAUGAUAUCAAGGGUGCUUUUCCAGAGAAUAACCGCUCUAGCCGGAUUAUAGCUACUACACGCAUUUUUGAUGUAGCAAGGUCAUGUUCCCUGAGUACUGAUGACCGCAUCUAUGAAAUGAAGCCCUUAAAUGGUUCUCAUUCUAAAAGAUUGUUUCUCAAAACAAUAUUUGGCUCUGAGGAUUGUUGCCCUGAUAUGCUGAGAGAUGUCUCGUAUGAGAUCUUGAAAAAAUGUGGAGGCCUACCAUUGGCAAUUAACAGUAUAUCUCAUUUAUUGGCAAGAGGACCAAUUAACAAACAAGAGUGGGAGAAGGUGAAAAGGUCAAUUGGUUCUGACCUGAGCAAAAGCCAGAGUCUAGAGGGAAUGAAAAAUAUAUUAUCCUUGAGCUACAAUGUUCUUCCUGGUCACCUCAAGACUUGUUUGUUGUAUUUAAGUAUUUUUCCUGAGGAUUAUGUCAUUGACAAAGAGAGGUUAGUCAGGCGAUGGAUAGCAGAGGGCUUCAUCUCUGAAGAGCGUGGACAGAGCAAACAGGAUGUUGCUGAGAAGUACUUCUACGAGCUUAUCAAUAAAAACAUGGUCCAACCAGUGGACAUUGGCCAUGAUGGUAAGGCUCGUGCCUGUAGAGUGCACGACAUGAUGCUUGAACUUCUUAUUUCCAAAUCAGCCGAAGAGAACUUCAUCACUGUGGUAGACAGCGGGCAAACAGUUCUGGCAAAUCGACAAGGUUUUAUUCGACGACUAUCAAUCCAGGGCAUUGACCAGGAGAUUGCAUCUUUAUUGGAAAAUGAAGAUCUGAGCCAUGUUCGAUCUCUGACAGUGACAAGAUCAGGUUGCAUCAAAUACUUGCCCAGUCUUGGUAAAUUUGACGCUUUACGUGUAUUAGAUUUUGAAGAUUGUGAGGAUGUAAAGGAGUAUGACAUGAGCCCUAUGGACAAGCUAUUCCAGCUAAAGUUUGUCAGCUUUAAAAACACAUACAUAUCAGAGCUACCAUCAAGAAUUGUGACGCUACAUGGUCUCGAGACGCUAGACCUUAGGAAUACAUGCAUUGAUGAAUUGCCUGCUGGAAUUGAUCAGCUCAUCAAGCUACAACAUCUGCUCACUGAAAGUGGCCCAUAUAGAUACAGAUACAGAUCUGGGAGAACCAAGGUACCAAACGGGAUUGGGAAUAUGAGGAGCCUACAAGUGGUCUCAGGCUUUAAUAUUUCCCUCAGUUCAGUUGGAGCAGUGGAGGAGCUCGGGAAUCUGGAUACUUUGAAUGAACUCCAUGUGCAUUUGGGUGAUGCAAACAAUAGGCGUGCAGAUAUGUUGCUCUCCUAUGUAUGUAGGCUUGGAAGACACAAACUCCAAUGUUUCUGGAUAUCCACUGAUUUUUCAACUCCCCUCGAGUUCUUAGAUUCUUGGUCUCCUGUGCCAUCUAAACUCCUAAUAUUUGGGAUGACCACAAACUACUAUUUUCCAAAAAUUCCAAAGUGGAUCACACCAGAACUCACCAGUCUUACAUACCUACUACUUAUUGUCAGUGACGUAACACAGGAGGAACUUCACAUGCUUGGCGAGCUUCCUUGUUUACUUUAUCUGGAACUUUGGUUGGAGCGAGGGCAAAGGAGAACGCUUGCUGUGCAAGGCAGAGGGUUCCAAUGUUUGAAGGAGCUGCACUUUCGUCUUUCGUAUAGCACUGCUGGUACUGUCAACUUUGUAUUUACGGAAGGGGCAUUGCCAAAUCUUGAGAAGCUCGAUGUCCCGGUUUCAGUGGCAACAGAGGAUGCGUAUUAUUUCGGUAUCGUGCACCUCGCAAGUCUGAAAGAUGCAAAAUUCCGUCUUGACAAGUGGGGAGCCACAUAUUCUGAGUUAAAGGCUGCAUCAGCUGCCAUAAGGAAUGAAACAAAUGCCCAUCGCAACCGCCUCACAGUAACUAUCGUGGGAGCAGACGACAGCAGCGAUGAAGAGCAUGACGAUGAAUAAACUUGAAAGUGGUCCUCUCUUAUCAUGACAUUUCAUCAACAACGCGGGAGGGGACGCUUUCUUUUAGAAGUACGUACAAGUCGGAAUGUUGUGUUGGAGACGGAAGAUAUGUACUCCGUAGUAAAGUACUGGUGAUCUUCUCGAAAAAGAAAAAGGACUGCUGGUUCUUAGUAGUGGCGCGGUGCUAUUUGCUGCUCCCUGAGGUUGAUCCGAAUGUUGUGAUGGAGACGGAUUAUUACCUUUACCUUUGAUCCUAAAAUAAGUGUUGCUGUUUUGCGGAGGGAGUACAUGGUAUUCGCAUCCUUGUGAACUUUGUGUUAAAUUAGUGUAAUCCGUUAUUCGGCUUGGCUAAGUAUUAUUAAGCUCGCCUCAGGGUGGAGUUUUGUUCUUGUGUAAUUCAGGUUUCAGCACGCUCAACUUAAAUAAAUUACAUAUAUAUCAUACGAAACGACUCCUUGGCGAUCGAUCGCGGGAGCGAUCGAUUCCGACCGCGCUCGUCGUUCCACCUAUUCCCUUUCCGUUUCUAGUUUUUUUUUUCCUUUUCUGGAAAGCCCAGUCGUCCGCCUAUUCCCUUUCCCCUUUCCAUCCCCUCCUCCACUGCAGCUGCCCUGCUGCCCCCUCCUCGGCGAGGCGCCUCACGAGCGCCGCGAGGUCAGCGCGGGAGCCGUGCCCGCACGAGCGCCGCGAGGGAGGUGGCCAAUACGGCGAGGCGCCGCGCCCGCACGAGCGCCGUGAGAUCAAAGUGCAGCAGCAGCCAAUACGGCGAGGCGCAGCGACUGCACGGGCUCCGCGAGGUCCAGGGGCGGAAGCAGCCAAUACGGGCGGCCUGUCCGGCGACCAUACGGCCUCCGCGGCGUGCUCGACCUAGCUCCUACGCCUCCUACCCGGGCUGGACCUCCCCCCGUGCGUCGUCCCCACCCGCAUCACCAAGCUCCCCAACGGUGUCCGCGAGUCGGCGUCGCCUCCGAGGAUUUCCAGGGAGCAGCACAGGGAUGGCGAUUUUGGCAGCUCUGCUCUGAUGAUGCCGUCGGAGCACAGCUUGCUCGUUUUCAGCAUGAGGAAGAAGAUGAUUUGAUAGGGAGCAGCACAUCUUGCUUGUUUUGUUUCUCUGUAGCAAGUUAUUCUAUAAAUACUGAACACUAUGCAAGGAAAUCAGCAGCUGCCAUUGUUCAAGAAUCAUGAGGAAGAAGAUGAUUUGACAGGGAGCAGCACAGCUUGCUUGUUUUGUUUCUCUGUAGCAAGUUAUUCUAUAAAUACUGAACACUAUGCAAGGAAAUCAGCAGAUGCCAUUGUUAAA